CGCGGUCAAUAUGUACGCAUUUCCCUUCAGACGCGCGCGAACAUUACAAGAACCCCAAACCAAAGAAAUCAUUUAGUGUUAGAAACAUUAGUAUUUGAGGACGUUUGAGACAAGACGCAAGGAUAUACGGGAAAUUUUAAAUCGAACUAGUGGUAAUUAAAGAAAGAAGAGAGCUUCAAAAAUGGUUGUUUCAGUAAAAGUAUUUAAGAAAGCCACGCCCAAUGGCAAAGUGACCUUCUAUUUGGGACGUCGUGAUUUCAUCGAUCACUUGGACUACUGUGAUCCUGUUGAUGGCGUUGUGGUGGUCGAUCCGGAUUACUUGAAAAAUCGACGCGUAUUCGGACAACUCGUCACCACCUAUCGUUAUGGCCGCGAAGAGGAUGAGGUCAUGGGUGUCAAAUUCUCCAAGGAGCUAAUCUUGUGCCGCGAACAAAUUGUUCCAAUGACCAAUAGCAACAUGGAGAUGACACCAAUGCAGGAGAAACUUGUACGCAAGCUAGGCAGCAAUGCACAUCCUUUCACCUUCCACUUCCCACCCAGUUCACCCAGCUCUGUGACACUACAACAGGAGGGCGAUGAUAUGGGCAAGCCAUUGGGUAUUGAAUAUACAAUUCGUGCUUAUGUCGCCGACACUGAGGAUGAUCGUCAACACAAGCGUAGCAUGGUCAGCUUGGUAAUUAAGAAAUUGCAAUAUGCACCACCCACACGUGGUCAACGCUUGCCAAGCUCUUUGGUGAGCAAGGGUUUCACUUUCUCCAAUGGCAAAAUCAGUUUGGAGGUGACCUUGGAUCGUGAGAUUUACUAUCAUGGCGAGAAGGUGGCUGCUACAGUACAGAUCAGCAAUAAUUCAAAGAAGUCAGUGAAGAAUAUUAAAUGCUUCAUUGUACAACACACAGAGAUCACUAUGGUUAAUGCACAGUUCAGCAAACAUGUAGCACAGUUGGAGACCAAAGAGGGUUGCCCCAUAACACCGGGCGCUAAUCUCUCGAAGACGUUCUAUCUGAUUCCACUGGCUGCAAAUAACAAGGAUCGUCAUGGUAUUGCACUCGAUGGCCAUUUGAAGGAUGAGGAUGUAAAUUUGGCCUCAUCUACUUUAGUACAGGAAGGAAAAUCCACAGGUGACGCUUGUGGUAUUGUAAUCUCAUACUCGGUACGCAUCAAGCUGAACUGCGGCACUCUGGGCGGUGAAAUGCAGACAGAUGUGCCAUUCAAACUGCUACAACCAGCACCGGGUUCCGUCGAAAAGAAACGCUCCAACGCCAUGAAGAAGAUGAAGUCGAUUGAACAACAUCGCAAUGUCAAAGGUUAUUACCAGGAUGACGAUGAUAAUAUCGUGUUCGAGGACUUUGCCAAGAUGCGUAUGAAUAAUGUCAAUAUGGAUGAUUAGAUUUAGAUGUAAGCAACGUGGACGGUGAGGUGUUGACGGUAAUGUUUGGCUUGUGGGUGGUUCGAGUUGACCGAUAUUUGAUUACCUUUGCAAGUUAUGUGCCACGAGGGCGUAUGUGAUAUUUCUAGUUAUUUGUUAGUAUUGACGAGGUGAAAGUUAUUUGUGUUUGUUAAUUUGUUGCAACCACUUUAAAAAAAAAAAAAACAACAACAACAACAACAACAACAAUAGUCAUUAAGACAUCGCAUUAACGACGCAUCAGCAGCGGCACUAAAAUUUAAUCCUUAAUUUAUAAAUAAUUUCUGUUGUAUAAAUAAAAUUUCUUUGACUUUUGGUGCGUUUAAAUACAUACAUACACACAUACAUACAUACAUGUAUAGUAUGUCGCACUACGGUUAUUUAAUAAAAGAGCAACAACAAGUUAAAGAUCUGUGAAA